UAACUUUGACCAUACUUUUAUACUGUCUUGUAUCCUCACACGCAUAUAUCGUACGUCGUGAUCUUGCCACUGGCACCCAAGCCGUUGCUAAUUUCAAUAAUCUCGGGGGGAAAAUUACUUUCACAAAACUUGACACUGGUGGUACUGGCUUGAAUGGCCAGUUUACAAAAGGCAUCACGGAUUCUAAUCCUAAGAACUACGUUCUACAAAUUGGUGAUCUUUCGUUCCCUUUCCCCGAUAUAAGGAUACAGGUUACACCACCGGGCACUGCUGUUUUUACGCCUGCUUUUCCUGUAUUAUUUGAUAACUUUGUUGGGGAUCAAGUUCUAGUUCAACACAAUAAUCAAACUAUUGAUUCAGCAACCAUUACCGUGCAGAAAUAA